AGUAAGCGAAAGAAAUCGUUAAAGAUGGAGAUCGCAAUUUUUCUUGCUAUCAUCGUGUUUCUCCUCUACAAACUCAGCACGAAAAAUUUUGGUUAUUGGAAAAAACGAAAAGUUCCAUUUUUAAAACCAACGCCAAUUUUUGGAAAUUUUUACGAGUGCUUAACUUUUAAAAAAUCAAUAGGUGAAAUGUUACAAGAUAUGUACAAACAAAUCCCCGAUAAAGUUUUUGGAAUUUGGGUUUUUAAUAAACCACACGUUGUCAUUAAGGAUCCUGAACUAAUAAAAAUGGUUUUGGUAAAAGAUUUUCAAUAUUUUAGCGACCGAACUGUAGCGGCUGACGAAAAAGCCGACUCUAUUUCAUCAAAUAUUCUCUUUGUGCUUCGUAAUCCCGAAUGGAAAGUUAUACGAAAAAUGAUGACACCUGCUUUUACAUCGGGGAAAAUUAAAAGUAUGAUUCCAUUAAUGGCAGAAGCCGGAGAUGAAAUGGUCCAAUACAUCGAAAAAAGAGUUAAUUUACCAACCGUUGAGUCUAAAGAAAUUUGUGCUAAAUAUGCCACAGAUGUAAUUACUUCGUGUGCUUUUGGCGUUCAAGGAAGAUGCUUUCAAAAAGAGGACGCGAAAUUUCGGCAAGUUGGUAAAGAUAUGUUUGAACCAAACUUCACAAACGGAGUUCGUGGAAUUUCUUAUUUCUUUUUACAAGAAUUAGUAUAUUUAUUAAAAAUUAAAUUUAUCCCACCUAAUGUUAGUGAGUAUUUAAAACAAAUAUUUUGGUCAACUAUUAAUCUUCGUGAAAAAACUCAACAAAAACGAAACGAUGUUAUCGAUAUUAUUUUAAAAUUAAAACAACAAGGUGAUAUCGACGGCGUUAAAUUUGACGGAGAUAUUGCUGUUGCACAAGCAAUACAAUUUUUCUUAGCCGGAUUUGAAACAACAAGCUCAACGAUGGCUUUCACACUUUACGAAUUGUGUUUAAACAAAUCAAUUCAAACUAAACUAAGAUCUGAAAUUAAAUCAGUUCUUAAAAAACACGACGAAAUAACUUACGAAGCUAUCCAAAGCAUGAAAUACCUCGAUAAAGUUGUUUCGGAAACUUUAAGAAAAUAUCCCGUAUUACCAUUCUUAGAUAGAAUGUGUAAUACUGAUUAUAAAUUACCUGGAACUGACAUAAUAAUUGAAAAGGGUACUCCAGUUUAUAUUCCGAUGUUUGGAUUACAUUACGAUGAGAAAUAUUGGAAGGAUCCUCAAAAAUAUGAUCCAGAAAGGUUUAGUGAUGAAGAAAUUAAUAAAAGGCAUCAAUAUGCGUAUAUUCCUUUUGGCUCAGGACCUCAUAAUUGUAUUGGUGAACGUUUCGGAUUGAUCAGUACUAAAUUGGGUUUGGUUAACAUUUUAAAUCGAUUUGAAGUUGAAAAGAAUGCGGAUACACCGAUACCAUUAAAAUAUUCAGCGAGAAGUUUUGUUUUGGCCUCAACAAUUGGAUUACCAAUGAAAUUUAUUGAUAGUAAUCGUCGUGCAUCUUUUGCUGCAUAACGUUAAUAAUUUAACGAUGAAUGUGUGUAUUUUAAAUAAUCCAAUAUUGGGGUGAACUAUUAAAAUAAAAUUUAUUAAAAAUUGUAGUUUAGAUUUUAAAUUUAAUUUUUGGUAAAGUUAAGGUCGUUUUAUCCCAAAUAACUUUGUACUAACAUUGGCAAAAACACAUUACACCUAGUUUCAAAGAAACUUCAGUUAUGAAUUCACUCGAAUCGAUUUUAAAAUCAUUUCGUUGCAAUAAUAAAUUGUAUAUGUCGAACACAAGCAA